GAGCUGUGUGAAAUUGUAAAGUACAUACUGGAAACACUGUUACGAAACAAUAGAUUGCUAAUACUUUGUGUUUCUUGUAAACCACAAUCGACACACGAGACGUGUUAGAUCGUUGGAAGUCAUGAAAAUUCCAAGCGAAGUUCAAUGUAAAACCUGCUCCCAGGUGUUUUGCUGCGCAAAAUGUCGCUUGAAACACGAGGAAAACUACCACCAGGAAAUGCACGCUAUCCGGCAAAUUUGCUAUAUCUGCAACAACCGACCGUUUCCGCUGCGUAUCGAUACCAAAGUAACCCCGAACAACUUGUUGAUUGAACACAUUCUGCGGGAACAUUUACCUUUACGUUGUAACCGAUGCACAAAGGUGUUCCACACGGCUGCUGAUUUCAAAUCGAUUGCUCGCUGUCAUAUAAGUGAUAACUCCAAAGACAAUGCAUGCCACCUGGAACAUAACCAUAAUAUUCCAACAAUUUUGGAAACCGCCACGGAAAUGUCGAGCGAGUUUCACGAAAUGGAGAACAAAGAAAACAUCGAUGACAACUGUUCCACGGAUCGUUCCGGCGCCAGUAGUGGAUGCGCUCCAACUACAGCUAUUAAGCUAAAAAACAUGGCCCUUCUGACCACGCCGCAGGUGCCAAAUGAGAACCGUAACAAUUUAGAGGAACAUGGUGAAGGAAAUCAGCCACUGCUGACCCCGCUGUCGAUGAUAAACCUGCGUUGGAAGAGGAAAAGUCGUCAAAGCUUCGAUAGCUUGCUGUCUACAACGAAUAAUCUGUCAGCUGUCAAUGCUUCUGAAAGUGCAGUUCAUGUUCCUUCUAGUCCAGGGAAGAAGCUUGCCCGUACCACGUCGACACCAAUGAUUCAUGGAUGCCCGGUGCGUUCGAAAGGAGUCAACGAGUCAUACACAUGUGCAAUGGGACAAAUCUCGAGUAUUCACAGCAAUAGUGGCAGUGAAUCAGACUCCAGAUCGGACGAUAUAACACCCGCUUCAUCAACUUCGUACGAAAUAAAUAAAGUUCGUGCAAUCAUACGCAGCCGAACCAAAGUUGCCGCUACUCCAUUGCGACAAGUGAUGUCAAAAAGUAUCCAAAGGGCAAUCGUAGAACAUGGUUAUUAUUCGAAGAUGGUAGCACCUGGUACACAACGAAAAAUGAGCUUCAACUCAACUGCUAGCAGUGGCUUCAAUAGCACAACCAAUUCUCCUUCACGAGCACCGUUGGAUCUACGAACUACUCCAGUUUUGAAGAGGUCAUCCAGCGAAUCUUCGUGCGGAUCCCACAAUCAAACCAAGAUGGCAUCGUUGACCAAAGCAAAGAGUGAAGACUCUAGUUGUACAACGCUUGAUGAAACAAGUCAGAUGAGUUCCGUCUUCUAUGACACGCAUCAAAAUUCUGAUUCACUAAACGACAGCAGCAAUGUGGACCAGGAAAAUCGUGAUAAUCAUAAAAUAGUCGAAGAAAUCGCAACCAAUCGCAGCGAAAGCAAGAAACUAAAACCAAUUCCGAGCUCCUAUCAUGACACUCCAAAGACGACGGGUGGAAUGCUGAAAAAAGUGAUUUCUUUCACAUCACCCGAGACGACAGGCCAUCGCAAGAAAGACGACUCAGAUCCGGACGAUACCAGCGAUGUUUGGUCAACACCUUCUUCGAUUCCACCGCGCAGUUACAGCUGCUCUGCAGUUGGGAAUUCUCGUUUCGAUUCCCUCAUGACAGAUGAUACCAGUGACACAUCAGAUGACGUAUUCUUACCUCCUCUGAAACAAUCCAAAUCAUGUAAGCAACUGAAACUGGACUCCCCGGCACCACCGAAUACCGGAAAACUCUGGACCAUUGUAUCGAACGUCAUACGGCUGGCUUCACGGACAGAUGAGAUCGAAGAAACACGCACCAGAAUUAACCCCAGCAAUUCAAAUGGUUCCGAGAGUGAUACAAAACUUUCGACUACACUUGUACAGAAAGCUGCAUCGUUUGCGGGUUUCUUGAAGAAUCAUCUGCCCGGUAGUCGAUCGCACCGAUCCGCCGAACAAAAAUCAUCCUCCGAAUCCGACGAUUUCUCGUUGAUUGUACAGAAAGGAGGAAAAAGGCGUCGUACAACAUCGGUCUAUGCGAAGCCUUACGAUACGAUUGGGAAUGCAGCUACGGUGCGUGUCAGCUCUAGCCCGGUAGCCAAACGAAAGCGUAUACAAGGGAGACAGCCAAUCGAGCGCAUGAGGCAGAACAGUUGGAAUAAUAGCGCCAGCUAUCGCAUGGGGGAGUACUAGAUAACAAUGCAAUGAAAAGUUCCUCAGCGUGAAGCUGGGAUGGCUCACGAUAUUUUUUCUGAUACCCAAUGAGGAUAAAGUAUUCAAGUAAAGAUAUCAUGUGAUUAUGUAUUUACCGUUAAUAUCAAUGUUUACCUGUGCCAUAUCUUAUAUUAUUAUCAUUCGUAUUUUUAAACAAGAUUUAUUAUGAAAGCUGGUACUAAAGAAUAAUAACUCGCAAUAUUUUUGUUUAUUAAAGAAUUUUGAUGAAAGGAAUGAUUAGUUGUUGCCAAAUCCUGGUGGGUAAAGCACAUUAAUUUUUGUUUUGUGUUCUAAAGGUUCACUUUUACGUUCUAUUUCAAAAACACGUCUUCUUAGUAUAGAAACAAUUGUGUCAAGUACGAAAAAUUCCUGGGGUGUUAAAAUUAGCAAUGCUUUGGUUUACCUGAGGGAAUACAUCUUCCCGAUUAUGACAAAGUGUUCUAGCAUCAAUUUAUUGGUGGUAGUUUUUUCAGGAGUCCUUCAAAUUUUAAUCGAUUACUACCCCAAAUAUCUGUCGAUUUCUUUAUCGUAUUCGAGCAAGGCUGAGCAUUUAGUAAACUAAAGGCCUGUAUCGUAGAGGAAAUAGACUAUCAGGAGGUACACCGAAUUACAGUAGAAUCUCGAUUAUCCGAUUAUCGCUGUGCGGGUUAUUCGCAAAAGCGAGAUAUAUAGGCCUUUCCGAACUUCGUCAGUGAUUGGUAGGAUUUUUUUCCUUUUGGUUUGGUCAUGGCUUUCACAUUUUCUGACCACUGUUUUUUUUAGCCCAAAGAGAAAUUUUUAACCCGAAGUAUCCCCUUGUGAACGUUUCAUAUUGAUACGCUCAACCACAUGCCCCAACCGAUCAACCAAAGUCCCGAAAAAUUUCGCAAACUGCACCAGAAAUACAAAACGCUAUGCGCAUUCCUAAACUGAACAACUCGCAAUCCGCGCCCUCACGCUUUUGUCGGCAUGACGAUUUCAAGAAGUGAUGAUAAUUACACAUGUGCAUACGCAAAGUUUCGGACACGGUACCAAAAAUUGCUACAUGCAGGCUUACUGUGGUAAAUGUGCUGGGGAUCAUUCCACUGCGUCCUGUGGUCUAGUUGAUGACCAAAACCGAAGUGUGCUAAUUGUGACGGUGAACACCAAGCAUCCAACCGAUCGUGCUCUAAGAGAACUGAAUUCAUCACCAUCCGACAGAAGGCGACAACAUCUAACCAGCCUGGUCGACGCAAGCGUAACGUUCGUCCCCCACCGUUUAUCUCGGAUGCAGAGUAUCCUGCUUUCCAGCAACGCCAUCAGGUCCCGAAUUUAAAACCGUCAGCGUAACCUCAACAACCUCAACAGUCAACAGUCAGCGUAACACCUAUACAUCUCCUGCUACUAACCAAAUAGAUGAAGCAGCCCGCAAUCGCCGUUCAGCAUAGCCCCGCCUCGCAGCUGCUGCCACUCAACCGAAUCAAGGGCACUCUUCCACCCCUCGUAUGUCAUACGCUGAUGUAGCCGCUGGUAUAAACACGGACAGUUCGAUAUUUACCACACAGGAGACAUUCACUCCUGUGGUAGAAGUCAUCACCAUAAUGAGACGCACCUCAAAACCAUCGAAGCCAUCGGUAUCGAGGUUCGCACAUCGCUCGGACCAAUUAUCAUCAUUGCGGCAUACUAUCCUAAGCAAGUCAACAUCAAGGACGGUUCAGCCGCACUUCUACGUAACGACUUGGCUAAGCUGGCUCGGCAGCGGGCGAAGUACAUCAUCGCAGGAGAUCUGAAUGCACGGCAUGAGAUUUGGGGUAACCGAAGGCAAAACCGGAACGGUAUCAUCCUUGCGGAGGACUUGGACACUAGCUAUUACAACAUCUUGGUGCAACAAGAAUCUUCUGAUCAACAGUUCACUCCAUUCUGGACAUUUUCCUGACCAAAAUGGUCAUCUCCGAGGAUCCACUCAUCUUCGAGGAAAUGUCAUCCGACCGCUACCCGGUGGUGCUUAAGUUGAGUGCCACUGCUGAAACGGUGGCCAAUCAUUCCCGACAAAACUAUCACCGUGCAAACUGGUGCGAGUUCCAGCGCGUUGUUGAUAUCAACAUCACCCCCGAUCAGCCUUUAGAUUCUCCAAAGAAUAUCGACCUGGCGGUGAAAUCCUUUCAACGAGCGAUUGCCACAGCUCGGUUCCGGUCCUACAUUAUCAGGUAAGUAUAUCUCUCCAAAUAGAUAGCACCACCAAACAUCUUAUUCGUUUAAGAAAUGUGUAUCGACGUCAGGCCCAGCGUACUGGCGAUCGGAACAAAAAGAUUAGUUCUACCAAUCUUUCUAGCAUAAUCCAGGAAAGGAUUCAAGAGCUUCGAAAUAGAGAAUUUCGUAAUAAACUUCGUUCUGCCUCAUUCGAAACCUUUCUGAUUCUUGACUAAAGUUUUAAAAAAUAAACAAAAGCCUUUCCCUCCGCUCUUCUCGUCAGAUGGUAAUCAUGAGGGUAACAUACUAUUAAUACCCAUUGAAAAAACGAACGCUCUGGGGCAACAGUUUGUGUCGUCUCACAAUCAUGGGCACAACAUCAGUGCUCACGAACAUGCCAUCAUUGAGGGAGUCUCUGAGGUCGAAUGAUCGGAAAGCUUUAUUCCGGAGGGGUCACGAGUCACUGCUGAUGAGCUGAUAGGACUUAUCAUAGGAUCUAAGAACUUGAAGGCCCCCGGUUUUGACAACACUUUCAACAUCGUGCUCAGGCAUUUGAGCCGCGGCUCAUUUGUUUUGGUAGCGAAAAUUUUACAAUAACAGUCAAUUUCGAUAGUAAUGGGAUUUUUUCACUGAACGCGAUGAUGACUAUCAGUUUCAUUUGCCACUUCGUUGAAACUGCCCAAAAGGUGUCGUGAGCUCCGCGUAUCAGGUUUAAUUCAGUUUCGUCGCUUUUGCUUUCCUGUGUGGGUUCCGUAAAGGAAGAUCCACCAUACAUCAACUCUCUAGAGUUGUUAACAUCAUUCAGCGGAAUAGGUCGAUAUCCAGGACGACAGAAAUGACGCUUUUGGACACUGAAAAGGGCUUCGACAAUGGGCCCUAUUAUAGAAAUCGAAUCGAGGAUUCGAUACAAUCACUAUCACUAUCACACCGAGUAAAAUCUGGAAUUAUAGAAAUCGAGGAAAACUGCUCGAUUCGUUAGCAAGCUCGAAUGUCAGCGGUUGUGAUGAAAUAUUUUGAAACAAGCUUGAAAUGUUUCACGAAGCACUAUAGAAAGGAUGCCAAAUCUUUUUUUGAGGUAUCUGCUAUGAAAAUGUAUUUCCAAAAGUGUUAAUAUGGUUAUGUUUUGGAGAAAACUGAUAUUCCUUCAACGAAUGAAGCUUAAUAGGCGUAAUGCAUGCAUGGAUGUGUAAUAAAAACGAUAUCAUGGAACAAUUUGCUUUACAAAAAUAUAAUUAUUAGAAAAUGAAUCUUCUCAUUUAUUUUCACAACUGCAAUCUAUGGAAUUCCGUAAGGUCACACAUAAAUUCCACUUUUUUAAGGAAAACAUUUUUUUUUAUGUAAUUCUCUUUUAGUGUCGAUUUCUUGUUGUAGCGGCGUCAAUAGCAUUAUUGUAUUGGGCCACCACCUUUGGCCCUGAAUUCUCGCUCGUUGUGUGCUAGUGUUUAUUUUCUUUUCACCUCAUGUCAAUCCAAAUCUGUAAUUUAAAAAAAUCAUUAUUGUUUUGCAAGACAUUUCAGCUUUAGCAUAUGGUAUAGAAAGUUCGGUAUAGUAUAGCAAUAAAAAAGAAAAUUGCUGACAAAAGUAAAACGUACUAACAUACGCUAGCAGGAAUAAGACAUUUUUAGGUAGGAAAUUCGUUUGAUAGUAAUUCAAAUAAUAUGAUAAAAUUUACUUAUGAAGUUGUAUGUAUCGUAGAAGAAACACUUACUUUCUGGAAUUCUGAACCAAGACGCAUUGAUGGUAUCAGCGCAUUAAGCUCCUCACUGAAUUCCUCCCACGUUUCCUUAACCGGGAUUUUAUUUGAACUUCCUCCACAAAUACCUCGAGCAAUGUUUACAUUCGCUUCCAUUGGUUCAACGAGUCGUUCAAACAGGUGGUGAUUUGUCUGUCCACUCGUUUUCAGCCACUGAAAUAUGUGCUGGAAGUAAAUUCUGCAUUGUAAAUUAUAACAUAAUUAAUAUGAAUAAUGUUGGAUUGAACAAUUACCUUGUAUAGACUAUUCUGGCAGCACCGUAAAACAAAUACUGAUCAAAUCAAACGAACAUGUGUUGAAAAUUGCAUAUAUUCAAGCGUUUCUGAAAUGUUUCCUAAAGGUAAAUAUCAGGGACGCAAACCAAAACAAAAUAAUUCUCUGAAGAUAUGUAACAAGUGAACCAAACAAUUCGAAAAGUUCUGACACUUGCAUCGAUAGCUAUCACUCGCUCGGUGCUAUCGAAUUGCUCGAUUUCUAUAAUAGUAAAAUAGGUCUAACGAGCAAAAUUCUUAUCGCCUCGAUUUCUAUAAUAGGGCUCAAUGUAUGGCACGAUGGUCUGGUGUUCAAGCUACAUCAAUACAAUUUUCCGAUGUAUCUGAUUAAAAUAAUCAAAAACUAUCUCUCUGAUAGAGCAUUCCGGGUGUCCCUGUAUAAUGUGUGUUCAGAGCAAUUCAACAUAAAUGAUGGUGUACCCCAAGGAAGCAUUCUUGGGCGCAUUUUAAAUAACAUAUACACUGCAAAUAUUCCACCGCUUCCCGGUGAUGGAACACUGUCUCAAUUCGCUGAUGACACCACGACAAUGCUUAAGGGUCGCGUAAUCAACGCUUUGACUCGCAAAUUACAGGGCGGCCUGGAUGCUCUAACAGAAUAUUAAACACAACAACGUGAGAAUUCGGUUCGACGACUCCCCUAUUGAAUGGUAUAAAGAAGUCACCUAUUUAGGACUCACAUUGGACAGUCAUCUAAUUUUCAGAUCUAACGUUGAUAAAACCGUCAAGAAAUGUAACAUAUUACUUCGGUCCUUGUACCCCUUAAUUUGCAGGAACUCGAAACUGUCUAUAAACAUAUACUCUAUCCUGUCAUUGAAAAUGUCGUUCCUGUUUGGAAGGCUGUGCCUGGAUACAAAAACUCCAACGCGUUCAAAACAAGAUUCUUAAAAUCAUACUAAAUUUGCCACCCUCGACGAGAACAACAGAGGUAUAUAGUAGUUUAAGGUCUUAGGUUAAGUAGGUAGUUUAAUUAUAACAAUUAUAUAUAUGUAUUAUAUGUAUUACUCAAAAACGUAUAAGAAAUAAAAAUGAAUUUAUGCAAAAAAUAAUGCGCGCGAUAGUACGGAGGACAGCAAGCUGUGAGCGGAAGUGGAAGACGAAUGCGUUCGAAAAGGAUCUUUUCGUAGAAGCACUUCGUCUAGAUAGCGGAGCUGCAGACUGGAAGACAGUAAAGUUCACAGAUCUAUUGGUGAGAGCUUGCCAAACUAUCAUGCCGAGAAAAAUAGAACUAAGAAGUAAACGACGCCCCGUUUACUGGUGGAAUGAAACACACCGCAGUCUUCGCGCUAGUUGUCUCCGAGUUAGAAGAAGGGUCCAGCGAGCAAGAAACAGUGCUGACAGAGAGGUGCAGUGACACCCGUCGAAUCUUGUCCCGAGAAUCUGAAAGUCAUUGUCGAGGGAUUAUUCCGUAGGCAUGAUCCAACGACUUGACCACCCACACCGUACGAAGAGAAUUCUGCUGAGCGUUCACGAGUCUCCAACGAGGAACUGGUAGUAGUGGCGAUAAGAUUGCAGAUGAAGCAAGCGCCCGACCCCGACGGAAUCCCCAAUGUGGCCUUGAAAGUGGCAAUGCAGGCGUCCCUGGUCAUUCAGAACAGUGCUACAGAAAUGUCUGGAUGAUGAUUACUUUCCUGAAAAAUGGAAGAUACAAAAGCUAAUGUUGUUGCCGAGAUCAGGAAGCCCCCGGGAGAUCCAUAUAUGUCUGCUAGAUACACUCGCUAGAAACUGCUAGAAACUGGUUGAUAAGGUUAUUUGGAUUUGAUGUUGGCUUCGUCCGGAAAAAAAUCGAUUUAGCCCACAAAAGUCCUGAAAAAAACAGAAAGAAAUCGCCUCUCCACCCCUUCUCGACACUCUCGUGAAUCUCGAUGCAAUAUUUGUUGUCGCAGAUGCUCCAAAACGCAGUGCUUUCAACCGAGUUGAACGUCGGAUGGCUCCCCUUUCUCGGGAGAUAGCAGUGUGCUGUGCCGAUAUCCUCAUUCCCACACUAGACCGUAUGUUGCCAAUAAAACUCCAAUCCAUUCAUUCUUCCAUUUCCAUGUCAUAAACCACCCAAUGUGACACACUCUCCUUCCCCGAAUCCAUACUCAUUAUUUGUAACGUGAGAAGUCCCAAGCGCCCCUAGCGCUAAGCGACAUGACUCACUAACCCACAUCUGUUUACCAUUCACACAAAGUGCAAUGCUCAGCUCUCCGCAUCGCAUUGCGACCUGACCCACAUCUGUUCACUAUUAACGAAUGGCACAUAGCAUAGCGUAACUAUAGCUAUCUCCCUUUUGGAAGUAUUGAACUAUUCAUUAUAUACACUAGGCUAAGAACUUUCUUGCAAACAAAACGACGGAAAUAAAAGGAGUCUAGUAAAAACCUUAAACGCGUUGAGUCUGGUGUUGUCCGAAACCCUCUCUGCCCAAUUCGAUUCACCAAACAGGAUAUGGCGACCGCGUACGGAGUCUAAGUCUUCGGGAAAAGACUUAGUACCACGAUAAAAACCUGCGUAUAAAGUAUUAAGCAAAAAGUGCAAAAAUUUGCGACGUGGCAGUGAUGGUACUCGAUUCGAAAAAUACGAAUCAGAACGGCGACCCGCAGGUCACCGUCAUACAAAACCAGGAGCAACACAGCCUGGACCACGAGGCCCACAGUCUAAAACUGUGGCUAAUCCUGACAUUAGUGGUGAUCCAAUUGGCGAUCACCCUGUACAAAGCGUAUAAAAAACGUGAGAAAAGAAUUGCCCUGAGCGCGGCCCGUUCAGUAGCAGCAAUGAACACGGUGUAAGUGAUUAAAGUGCGUCUCGAUGAAAAACGUUUACGAGCAGCACUAAGCAGUGCAGCGUAGCCGAAAAUAAUGAGUGCUACCAAUUGCCGAAUGGCGAUAAACUUGAUAAACCACUGUGCUUAUGAAUUGGAAACUCAGUUUUAAUAUGUGUGAAUCGUGAAUCUAAACCUGAAAUCGCACCAUUGCGUUUAUGAAUUGGAAACUCAGUUUUAAUAUGUGCGAACCGCGAAGCUAAACUUGAACCCGCACCAUCGUGACUGUGAAUUGGAAGCUGAACUUGAACCCGCACCAUUGUGACUGUGAAUUGGAAGCUCAGUUUUUAAUAUGUGUGCCUACGUUUGACGGAAUGAGUUUCAGCGCCCCGGAGCCCCGCAGUAGAACAUCCCGGAAAUGAAGGAGCAGUGGACCCAGCAAGGAAACUGAACGAUACGGCAUAGCAACCAACAGCAGCAAUGGACCGCCUCUCGAUGGAUUCGUUGUUCCAGGAAACGAUGGAUAUCAGUUGGGCCAAUCGUACCGUCAGCAGCGAGGAAACCAACAACCAUUUCACACUGAGCAAUCAACAGCUAAAAAGACUACCAGCACCGAUUCGGACAACAUCGACUCGGAUGAGAAGCAGCAGCAACAGCGCAGAUUGUCGGUGUUAUUCCAAUAAUAUACUGUCUGUAGCAAAAACUCCACUAGCUGAUGAACGAUAUGCUACGGAGAAAGUUCCAAAAUUUCAAACACAGCGUCACGACAACAUUAAUUCUACAGCAGUACUUGGCGACGGAACCCAGCGGAAACCAUUACCAUCACUACCACCGACAGCAGCCCACUAAUCCAUCCAUCGAAGGAUCGGAGCGAUAUGUGUCCUAUUUGCCACACAAUUUCCUCCACAAAUCACGACUUCACGGAGCUCAACAACAGAAAAUCCGCGUCUGAGGAUGCCUGGGAGAGUCAGUUUGCGUGGUAAAUUUGCUUCAAGACGCUUCGUUGCUGGAUCGGUACAUGCUGCCUCCGCUCGAACUUGGAGCGUCACAUCAAACAGUAACAUCUUUAAUUCUGGUCGUAUUGUCAGCGCGGAGGUAAUCAUUAGAAGCGUGGUUGGAGCAUUCGAUCGGCAAUCAAGCAAUCCGCCAAAGGAAGGACGUAGACAAAGAUUUGAUGUUCCGCUGUCACAAGAUUAAAACGACGAGCAGGUGCUGCUGACUUCCGGCUCGGCAUGUGGCUGAGUGGAGAAUUUCUUAUUAAAUUUAAAGAACAAGUAAUACCAAUAUUGAUCCACAAUUAUCAAUCCGCAUGUGACUAAACUGAGAGAUUUUUUCACUAUGCAGCUUCCAUUGGGAUUUCCAGUAAAAAUAG